AACAAAACGUCAACUAGAGAACAAUAAUGCCCAGAACCAGGAUACUAAUUCAUUGCAUGUAGAAUCACCUUCUGUUAAUAUUGAACAGCAGCUUUCUGAAUCUGAUCGAGAUCUUUUACAGAAUUUUCAUACUAAGAUUAAUAAACUUACAAAUAAAUUAUGUCCUAUUU